AUGCUCCGAUCUCGCCUAUUGAUUGCUGCUGUGUCCUGUGUGACACUGGUGUUGGCAUCCGCCGAGAAUCUCUGCUCCAUCACACCGUACUCGUACACGGGAGCCAAGUCGGAUUAUCCAGAGCUGACGACUGCCAUUGAGACGUUGGAAAACUAUGCCAUUGCCUCAUGGUUUACGGAUCGUCAAACAACACAAGAGCGAUCGAAAUUGCUGUCUGGCUUGCUGAGCCAAUGUUCGGAGGACACGCGCCUCAGUAUCGUAGUGUAUGGUAUUCCUAACAAAGAUUGUGCUGCUGGCUUGUCGUCGGGAGGAAGUGUGACCAACACGAGCAGCUACAAAGCAUUUCUAAAAGAGCUCACGGAUGCCGUUGGAGACCGCAAAGUCCUCUACGUGGUGGAGCCAGACGCACUGGGUCUCCUAACUCAAGAUGGAAGUUGCGGCGCAGCCGCAGAAUAUCUUAAGAGCCUCAAGGUUUCCGUCGCAGCUUUGUCUGUCAAUUCAAACGCUGAAUUGUACGUCGACAUUGGCUAUUGGAUGCUGGUAAACGCUAAUAGUGCGAACAAGGUGGCCGCUGUCAUGAAGGAUAUCCGUGGCUCUGGUCGAGUGAAGGGUGUGGCUAUCAAUACGUCCAAUUACCGCUCCACGGACGAAUGCGCUACUUACUGCACCAACUUCCAGACGGCCAUGGGGUCAACGAAUAUGACCUGUAUCGUUGACACCUCCCGCAAUUAUAACGGCUCACCCACCUCCGAAUGGUGCAAUGUCCGCACGGCUGGUAUUGGCAAGCCACCUUCGUCGAAGACUGCCGUCUUAAAUCUCGACUACUUCAUGUGGAUCAAACCGCCUGGAGAGAGUGACGGCGAGUGCGUUACCGGUGGUACUCCGGCAGGAUCGAUGUACUUGGAAGGCUUCAAGCUGUUAUGGAACCAAGGAUACUUUGUGAGCGAACAGGGUAUGCUGAAGAUUGACGAUAGCUUUAAUCCUGCCACUCAAGCACCUACUAGCUCAAAUGAGAGCAGCUCAAACGAAGAUGCCUCAGACCAGACCACUUUGACGCCAAUUCUUGUCCCUACUUCUGGAAACUCAAGCAGGGGCCAGGAUGACACCACUAUUUCUACGGCUGAUCCGAUUUCGACAGAGGACGUCGUCAGCACGCCGUUUGUUACAACAGCGCCGGCCACUACCACCGUCUCGAAUGAAAGCACCACGCAACAGCCCAACGCUAACCAAACACGUAGCGGCUGCAAGGCCAAGAAGUAUUUGCACUUGCUGUAA